AAGCAAACCUAGAGAGGAACUUCACUUACCUUUUAAUGAACGUCAAAAAACAGCAUUGCCACGGCUGCCUACCCAGCAGACCUGCUUACGAGAGCCAGAGGGAUGGUGGUAGUUACGGGGCAGAACAAAGUGAGUGGAAACCCGGAUGAUGCCAUGUCGAGCUCAGAUGCAGAGGAUGAUUUCCAAGAGCCAGCCACUCCUACUGCAACCCAGGCAGGACAAGCACUACCUCUGCUGCCUCAGCAGUUUCCAGAAGUUGUUCCACUGAACGUAGGAGGCAUGUAUUUUACAACAAGACUGUCAACACUGAGACGUUAUGAGGACACAAUGUUGGCAGCGAUGUUCAGUGGAAGACACUAUAUUCCAACAGAUGCUGAAGGCAGAUACUUUAUUGACAGAGAUGGAACCUACUUUGGAGACAUACUUAACUUUCUACGAUCCGGUGACCUGCCACCAAGAGAACGAGUGAGGUCAGUUUACAAGGAAGCUCAGUAUUAUUCCAUAGGACCAUUGCUAGACAAUCUAGAGGAUAUUCAGCCUCUUAAAGGAGAAAAAGUUAGACAAGCUUUCCUGGGCCUAAUGCCGUAUUACAAAGAUCAUUUGGAACGGAUAAUCGAAAUAGCAAAGCUUAGAGCUAUGCAAAGAAAAGCAAGAUUUGCAAAACUGAAGGUCUGUGUCUUCAAAGAAGAGAUGCCCAUCACUCCCUAUGAAUGCCCCCAUUUCAAUUCUUUACGUUUUGAAAGGAGUGAAAGUGAGACAAAGCUAUUUGAACAUCAUUGCGAAGUAGAUGUGUCUUUUGGCCCCUGGGAGGCUGUGGCUGAUGUAUAUGAUCUUCUGCACUGUAUUGUGACAGACCUGUCUGAUAGAGGGAUAACUGUGGAUCAUCAGUGUAUUGGGGUGUGUGAUAAACACCUGAUAAAUCACUAUUACUGCAAGCGUCCUAUCUAUGAAUUCAAGAUUACUUGGUGGUGAGUUAUUUUGUCCAGAACGGUGCAGGGGACAAAAGGACUUCUAGAUGACAAUUGCUUUUAAUAUUUUUGCAACGUGUCUCUGGAAAUGCAUUGCUGCUAACAUAUAUUGGAAUCAGUCUGCUGAAAUGUUGGCUAACGCUUAGCUACUCAGCA